UUUAAACAAAUCUUCCUGAUAUGUACUUGUUUUGCUGUCAAAAUCAUGAAUAACUUCAAAUUGUGUUAUAUCACAAUUCCGUGUGCUCGCAGCCUAAAGUAAAUAAAUUAGGUACAGUAUAAAGAGACAAGUGUAUUUGCCGCAAGUUUUCGAAUUUUAUAAUAAAUGACUGUAAUUGCUGGAGGCCACGGUGAACCCAAUCCAAACAGCUCAUGGCUGGGAGCGCGUGGGAUGUGGCUCGCGUAUUUUCUUGGUGUUUUAGGUGCUCACCUGACGUUAUUAUCAGUACCAUUUAUUAGCAUACAAUUAGCUUGGACUAUAACAAAUUUACUUCACAAUGCAGCACAUUUGUACUUUUUACAUUCUAUCAAAGGAGCUCCAUGGAUGAGCAUUGAAAAUGACAGUUCCCGGCGUUUAACUCACUGGGAACAAAUUGAUAAUGGCGAACAAUUUACAACCACGCGCAAAUUUCUAACAGCUGUGCCAAUUGUGCUCUUCCUUUUAACAUGCUUGUACACUCGCAAUGAUCCUGAUCACUUUAUUGCCAAUUUUAUUUCGUUAGUUGUAGUUACAGUUCCAAAACUCCCUCAGUUCCAUGGUGUACGACUAUUUAAUAUAAACAAGUACUAACUUCAAUAUUGUUUUUUAAAGAUAUAACUUUUAGACUGAAGGAAGGCAAUGAUUUAAUCAGAAAAAGCAGGAGCAUUGAAAAUGCAUUUUAUAUUUUAUAUUGUAAAAAGCAAACUUAAUAAUAUAUAAUAAAGUUAACA